AAGCUAGAAAAUGAAUAUGAUAUCCUAAAUUCCUAAUAUCAUCCAAUUUUUCAUUCUCCUUUUUUGUCUUUAUCAGUUUUUAAUGCAUGGUUUAUUAUCUCUCUCCCAAAUUUGAUCAUCUUUCCACUUUCAUCGACCUGCGAUCAACAAUGGAAACCCUAACAAUGUCAUCUGCAACUGCAACUCUCAAAUCUUCAUCAUCUUCUUCUUCUCCUCUCUCUAUCUUCUCUCCUAAACAACCUUCUCGACCGAAUAUACUCCGUUUUUCUCUCUCUUCUAAAGGUAGAGAUGAUGAAUCCCAUAUUCAAUCUGAGUCAAAGGACAUGAGGAUUGUUCCUCUUGCUGAUAAUCAACGCCUUUCUCUCUCUCCUCUUUCGAAGGAUUGUGCAAUGGGCUUGGUAUUAAAUGCUGCUACUGGCAAAGGAUGGACAACAGGUUCUGGGAUGGAAGGACCCCCUGAGUCUGCUGGUGAUGCUGAAUCAAGUAAUGCGAAGAUCUCCACUUUCCCUUGGUCUCUUUUCACAAAAUCUCCUAGGCGAAGGAUGCUUAUUGCAUUCACUUGUAACAUUUGUAGCCAGCGUACAACUCGUGCCAUUAAUCCUCACGCAUAUACUGAUGGUACAGUAUUUGUUCAGUGCUGUGGCUGCAAUGCGUAUCACAAGCUUGUUGAUAAUUUGAAUCUCUUUGAUGGUAUGAAAUGCUAUUUGAAUUCAAGUUUCAAAUAUGGAGGCAAUGGGGGAGAUGUUAACUUUGAGUAUAGAGACGUUGACAAUGGUGAUGAUGGCUUCUUCAGCAUUUAAAAGAUUGGGACGUAUGCUUCUGUAUAGUAUGUACAUUCUGCAUCUAUGUAUCUGAAUUUCUAUAGUUGUGACAUAGGUUUAUUGUACUAGUAUUUGUAAGCAGCUCCUAUUAAAGUUUCCGGACAGCCUAAAAAUGUCUUUUCAUCUAGCCAUUGGAGAUUAGGAAUGAGUCUCUCAUCAUAGACUGGAUAAUCUUGGACUUUUAGUUGCUUCACAAGUCACUUGAUUUCAUAUUUCACGAGAUCUUAAGCACUUGCCUG